AUGCUGAAAGCCUACGAGAUAUUGCGAGCUGAAAAUAACUACAUUAAGCGUCUAGUAGAGAAAUUGGCGAAUCGUUGCUCUUUGGAAAAAAUAAAAACUGAACCAGAGCAAAGUAAAGAUGUAGACUAUCUACAAAAAGAAGUCGACAAAUUACGUAAAGAAUGCAUUAUGCUCAGAGAUAUGGAAGACGGCUACCAGAAAAUAAAACAAGAAAUGCAAGAUAAGUAUUGUUCCCAGAAGCGUUUGUCAGAUCGAGAUGCGGAGAAUAUAAAAGCUAUCAUCAGCGAUCGUAAUAAUCUACGUGACAAGUGCAAGUCGUUUAAUCAAAGGGUCGGCGAUAUGCAGAAGAAGGAGAGAAACUUAAACAAAGAUUUGGAAAACAAAGCCAAGUCUUGUGCUAAUUUGGAAGCGGAGAUGCAAAAAAUGCAAAAAUACUACGAGGACCAAAUGCAGCAGGCCUGCUUUAGGGAAGAAUGCUUAAAGGCCCAAUUAGAGGAUUUGAAGGAGGACUUCAUGCAAGUUAAAUGCCAAGCUCAAAAAUCUGAUAUGUUACAAAUGGAAGUAUCCUGCCUACGUAACGAAAUACUUAAGCGUGAUAUGGCUUUAAGUGAUUACGACUGCCAAUAUAAACAACUUAUGUAUAAAGCAAAACGUUUUAAAAGCGCUGGUUAUCGUAUACUGCCACCAGCCGAACCACGUGAAAAUACGAUGUACGCGGAGCUUUUCCCAGAAAGUUUAACAGAAGGUUAA